AUGGGGAAGGAAGGGAUCUUUGGCAUUCAAUUACAAGACUGCGGAGGCGCGUCUCUGUUUCUGUGUUUGCUGGUCCCGCUCUGGCAAAGGUGUCCCGCGGCUGAGACUCUGGGCUCACCUGCACGGGUCUGCACGGGUCUCCGGAAGGGGCUCCCAGCGCGCCCCCGGCCUGCGCGGGGGCUUCUGGGAGAUGUGGUCCGUCCGCCGGCCCGCGCGCCUCCGUGCGCCUCGGCUCAGGCCGCUGGUUCUUCUUACUCCGCAGGGCGGGUGCGCAGAGCUGGUUCCGCCCAUGAACGUCUCGCGGCGGCCUCCGGACCCAAGACCUCCAGGCGGCUGCCUGGAGAGAAGGGGUUCCCGCCCCGUCUGCAGCACUGCCGUUUUUCUCUCCAAUUCGUAUCUGCGCUUCACAUCUGCCCGGCUGUCUCCCUCCGACUGUGGAGAUGUUCUGCUACUCUCAGUUCGGCUGGUGCUCCAAGUGAUCUGACCUCAGCAGAGCUGUGUCUAAGGGGCAAGGAAGCCCAAGGUCUGAAUUUUGGGCAAAUCUUGCAGAGAUUGAAGAGAUCUCCAACUGAACUAUUGUUAAACUGGACAACUGGAAUGCAUAACUUUAGAGACAGCUCUUGGAAUGACGACUCCCCAGUGCCGUCUCCUGGACUUUGUAGUUCCUCUUACUUGAAGUCUGUCUUCCACAGCCUCUGCACUUCCUGGCUUUUGAUUCUAGUGAGUUCUGUGCCUCCUCCCCGCUGGGACUUCAGUGUGGGACCAGCAGGUCUCAGGCCCUUUGGGAGGCCCUGCUUCUCUCUGACCUCUGCUCUAACUGCCUUCUCUGGCCAGCUCUGUUGGAACAGAAGGUGUUGCCUGUUGAUUUCCGCAACUCUCAGGCCAGGGAAUGACAACUAAGAAAGAGCCAAGGAAUGACAAGAAAGACACAGACACAUUAGAAGCUUGAUGCAGCAUCCCCUGCCCAGACAAACCGGCCUCCUUCUUUAUUGUCUCAACUACCCAUCCUCCUGGUUCCGGUUGCCAGGGGCCUGUGGCCAAGUUCCUGCUCCGUAUCAGCAAGUAACCCUCUGCUUGGAGGCAGGCUCGUGUUUGCACGUAGGCUGUCUUGACUUUUCGUUUGAUACUCGGUCAGCACCCUGGCUCGUCUGCAAGCACAGGAUGUUCCAGAGCCGAAGAUAUCUCGCCGCCAGGAACGGUCAGCCUGGAACCGGCCCACAGUCAGGGGCGGUCAGCCUGGAACAGGCCCUUCAGUUGCCCGCUAGCCUGUGGCUGCAGGGACAUAGCAGAGGGCUGGACAGCCAUCUCUUACCCUCGAACCGCAGAGUUCCGACAUGAGUAUUUUACUGCUGUGUCUUUCUGUGAA